CCGGCGGCGCUUUGCGGCGCUUUGCGGCGCUGCCGGGCGGUGCGGGCGGUGAGGGCGGCGGGGUGGCCGCCAUGGAGGGCGGCGGGAACUCCAAGGGCACCGGGCUCGGCGGCCUCUUCGGCGCCGGCGGGCUCGGGUACUCGCACGCCGACCUCGCCGGGGUGCCGCUGACUGGAAUGAGCCCUUUGUCACCGUAUUUAAACUUGGACCCCAAGUAUCUAGUACAGGACACAGAUGAGUUUAUCUUGCCCACAGGAGCCAGCAAAACUCGAGGCAGAUUUGAGCUGGCCUUUUUUACCAUAGGAGGAUGUUGUAUGACAGGGGCAGCGUUUGGUGCACUGAAUGGUUUGAGGCUUGGCUUGAAGGAGACACAGAACAUGCCGUGGUCAAAACCUAGAAACGUACAAAUUCUAAAUAUGGUGACAAGGCAAGGAGCAUUAUGGGCUAACACUCUGGGAUCACUGGCUCUACUUUACAGUGCAUUUGGAGUCAUCAUUGAAAAAACACGAGGUGCAGAAGAUGACCUGAACACCAUAGCUGCUGGAACCUUGACAGGAAUGCUAUACAAAAGCACUGGGGGAAUGCGUGCGAUAGCACGAGGUGGGAUCGCGGGUCUGACGCUGACCGGCCUCUACGCUCUGUACAACAACUGGGAGCACAUGAAGGGCUCCCUGGCCCGGCAGUCCCUGUGAGCAGGGCAGAGGACACGCCUGCAUAGUCACCAAUCAAAUCAGUUGUGAGAUAUAUCUGGUGCCCCUUCCUAUUUUAUUUACAAUUAGUGUGAAGCUGAAGGAAGCUGUGUUGGGAGGAACCUCUUGACACCGUGUAGCUGGACUGGCCCUUUCCUUCCCGCCAGCCAGUUGCUGGAGAGGCAGCAAUAUUUGUUGGACUUGCAAGUGAACAGAGUGGCCACCAAGACAGUCUCCCUGGCACGCUCACCAGCCAGCCCUGGGCCAGAGCCACAAGGCCCGCUCGAGUCCCACUGCCAGGUUUGUUGGGGCACGGCAGCGACAGCCCUGUAAUAAAGUCUGUAUCCAUAGAGCAUUCCCUGCAGCCUCAGCACACAGCACCUGGCAACUGGCACAGGGCAAGGCUUGUUACUCUGACAGCACAAAGCAAGCUAUGAAAAGGGACAUCAUCAUUAAUAAAAAGGGUGGUACUUACUCAAUGCCA